AUGUGCGCAAGCAAUUUGAUACAAACCGGGGUCUUCAAGGGGCUUCAAACGGGCUUCAGAAGCUGCAGAUUCGAGGGCUUCGUGAAGGACAGCGGUGAAAAAGUCGACUCGAAACUGAUACUCGAGUUUGCAACUGGCUUCAAAUACCGCGACAUUUCUGAAGAACAACUCAAGGCUCAGCUACUCUCGAGCACGCAGAUCUACAGCGCCAACACAGGCUACCGUUUCAGGCCGGAGAGUGAUUUUCGCGUGACAAGAGACUCGUGGGUGACGUUUAUGGAUUAUGUGCUGCGCUUUCAUGGUUCGAGUCCUGCAGGAGGUGCUGAGGAGGCUAGUUCCGGCGAGGUCGACACGGAAGUCUACUCCAGCCGGGACAAGUAUACCUUUUUGGAGGUAGGGCUACCACUCAUUUUCAACGGAGGCGCCCGCUCGACUGGUCAUACGACACUUCAGAUCGCUGCUAGCGUUCUGAUAUCGCUCCUCGUUCAUCUCAAAGGAGGUGUUAAACUGCUCUGA